AUGGUCAGCCCCUUGUACCAGAUGGCCCGCGCCGGACACUGGCAACAGUGCUUGUCGAUGCUUCACGCAAUGGAAAGGAGGAGCAUGAUGCUGGAUACCGUGAGCAUCAACAUCUGCAUUCAUGCAUGCCGACGCCAUUGGGAGCCCGCCCUCGCAUGUUUUGAUCAAAUUCGCCAAAGAAGACUGCGGCCCACUGCGGUCACUUUCGGAUCCGUUGUUGCAGCAUUGGGAACGGGACACAGAUGGAUCCAAGUCGUGGCAUUGCUGCAGCAUCUGCCGCAAGCCUUGGGCUGCAAGCAAGUCUUGAUGAAUGCGGCACUUGGCGUUUUCAAGAAGGCGCAUCGAUGGGACCUCGCUUUGGAUUUGUGCACAAUGCAAAACAUGGCAAAGGUGCUCAAUCCUGUUGGCAUGACGGAGGUCGUAGCAGCCUUUUCUAAGAGUCAUAGAUGGCAACAAGCACUUGCAUUGGCCUUGCAAAAUCAGAAGGCCAAUCUGCAGUCGUACAACUGGUUGCUGUACGGCUUCAGGGGCGGAGCUUGCUGGCAGGCAGGUCUUGCCCUGCUUGUCCAUGCAGCCUACCGCAGCAUAGAUGCAAACACGAUAUCCCAUCGGCACGUGAUGUUCCUCUUGAGUUGUGGACCAUGGCAACAGUCCGUGCAGCAGCUACGAACGAUUCGCGAAUGCCCUCACUGGUGUUGGCAGGCGGACGCAGAAACCAUUGCAUUGGCCCUGGCAACCUUCGAGCAUCACCAUCGCGCAAUUGAACACCAGGAUAUCCUGGUUCAUGUGGUGUCUCGCGUUCUGCAAUUGCAAAGCAAGUACGACGCCUCGAUUUUCAGAUCCAGAGUUGUGCACGAUGUGACCAUGUUGCAUGAAGUUUGGAUACAUGCUGCGUUGCCCUCAGUUUUGGGGCUUUCCUUGUGCCGCCAUUUUAUUGCCGCUAUCAUUGCAGCCUUGAAUCGCAAAUGUCCUAGUGUUCGUGAUGGAAUUCGCAAUCCCAGUGUGCAAAAUGCACACGUCCUGCCCAGUUUUGUGGCUCGUUUGCUUUCGGAAGCGAGCUCUCUUCGCGGAGCAUCUCGCCGAACACCGGCAUGGUGGACGCGCGCGCAGCUGGCUGUGAGCCCGUCAUUGGUCGCAUCAACCAUGGCCAAGCGGGUUGAUGCUAGCAGUGUGAGCGCGUGGAUUGGGUACAGGUUGGUUCUGCCAGAACGUUGUUUUGGCGAACUGUGUGAUGAACUGGUUGUCGAGGCUAAGCUUCGAGCGCUGGGCGAGAGACCCACCUGA